UAUUUUCAAAGACCGUUAAUAAUCGAUUAUUUGUUCUAAAUUUCCAUUUUCUUGCAUUGUUUAAAAAAAAUCUUAUCUUAAGAUUAUAAUUUUAUCCUAUUCCGAAGUAGCGUAAAGAAAUAAAGCUGUUGGAACUAUAUAAGAUGAAGCAAAAUUAACAAAAAUGCGACCGUUCAAGCAAACGUGCUAUGACGUAUUUUUUUCACCACAAACCAUGUUUAACAUAUUUAACAGUACAAUUAAUCAGAAUUCAAGUUUGUUAUCGACACAUAUGGCAUAAAGAAAGUGUAUCAUGUAAUAUUAGCUUUGCUUUAUACACAAUUUCGUUAAAGAUUAUAUAUUUACCGUGACUCGUGGAUAUCUUCGGGGAUUUUUUUUGUCAUUGCAAGAAAAGAUGACAGAUGUGCAAGUGAAGAUAGAGCUGGGCCACAAGGCAGUGCCUCGCGCCAAACCAACCAAGGAAGGGUUUACUCAUGACUGGGUGGUCUACGUCCGUGGACCUGAGCAGUACAACAUCUCAAACUUUGUUGAAAAAGUAGUUUUCAACCUUCAUCCAUCCUUUGAAAAUCCCAAAAGGGUUUGCAAGGAGCCACCAUACCAAGUUGAGGAACAUGGAUAUGCUGGUUUUGAGCUACCUAUUGAAAUUUUCUUCAAAAGCAAAGCUGAACCACGGAAAGUCCCAAUUCUAUACAAUUUGUUUCUGAACAUGCAAGAUCCUGUAAAUCAUUCCCGAUGUGAGAAACUGACUUUUCAGAAUCCGACUGAAGAAUUCAAAAAGAAAUUGUUGAAAGGAGGCGGAUGGCAGAUGCUGCCCCAAGAAGAUAAACAGUUUGAAAAUCUUUUUGGGACACCAAUCAAAACCACAGAUUCACCUAAGAAGGCUAAACAGUCAUCAUCAGCUUCUGCCAUGGAAAAACCAUCUCGUCUCAGUCUAGAUGACAACAAUAGCAGAUCUAGUAGUCAUGGAAAGUCGAAAGACAGAGACAGUUCAAGUAGUAGGGCAAUUUCUGGUAAGGACAUAGACAGCCAUUCUAAAGAACGAUCUUCAAAAGACAGGCACUCUUCCAAAGAGUCUUCAUCCUCCAGAAAACACACUGAAUCCCCAAUACCACCUUCAUCUAGCUCCUCUUCAUCAAGUAAAAGACAUUCACUUUCACCAGGCCGACAUGAACAGGGCAAAAAGCUGAAAAGAAGCUCUUCCUCUUCUUCAUUUUCUGGCAAACAAAAAAGCAAAGAGAGGGAAAGAGAAAAGGAAUUAGAAAAAGUAAGAGACAAGGAGAGAGAACGUGAGAAGGAAAGAGAAAGGGAAAAAGAAAUUGAAAGAGCUAAAGAAAGGGAAAAAGAAAUUGAAAGAGCUAAAGAAAGGGAAAAAGAAAUUGAAAGAGCUAAAGAAAGGGAAAAAGAAAUUGAAAGAGCUAAAGAAAGGGAAAGAGAAAAAGAAAUUGAAAAAGCCAAAGAAAGGGAAAGAGAAAUUGAACUAGCCAAAGAAAGAGAAAAGGAAAAGGAAAGGGAGAGAGAAAUUGAAAGAGCUAAAGAAAGGGAAAGGGAAAUUGAACGAGCAAAAGAGAAAGAAAGGGAAAGAGAAAAGGAAAGAAAAAAAGAAAAAGAAAGAAUACGUAAAGAAAGAAAAGAAAGGGAACAGUUGAAAUUGGAUAAAAGUGCCAAGAAGAGUGAAAAGUACAAAUCAAGUGAAAGUGAAGAGAGGAAGGAAAUUUCUCCAAUUUCAAGCAUUAAAAAAGAAAAGGACAAAUCCCCAGAAGAAACCAAACAUAGAUCUGACAAAGUAAAGCCAGUAAGUGGCGAAAGUAGGAAAAGUAUUAGUCCAAAGGAAAACACAUCCAAGGAUGAACAAAAGGAAAAAAGAAAAAGUUCAGAUUCAUACAGAGUGAAGGAAUCUGUAAAAGUAAAAGCAGAGAAGCAACCUGAACCAAUCAGUGCAAAGUUACCAGAACGAAAGCAUCUGGAGAAAAAGCAUUCAAAAUUGUCGGAACAUAGUAAAAAAGCAGUAGUUCAAAAGCAUAAACAGCUUUCAAAAAUAACCUCAAGAGAAUUGAUUGAUGAUCUGUCACUGUCUGACGACUCUGACUCAUCUGAGGUCAGUUCUUUAUCUUCUUCCACCGCUAGCACAGUAGGUCGGUCCAGAAGUUGCUCCCCUGUAGCCUCUGGCAGCGAAAGCGAGCCGGAGACGAAAGGUAGUCCAAGCCCAGCACCCAGUUCCAAUGAGAGUCCAGCCCCCUCACCUCACAUUGAGACGCCAUUAGGCAAGUUGAUGGCGAAUUUGCCAUCAGAAGAGUCAGAUGAGGAGAUCCAGGAGCGAGGCAGCAAACCGUUCACCAACCAAGCUGCAUCACGCUCCUCACCCCACGGAAACACGCCCAGAAAGAAGUCUGCUGCAGACGGGAGACAAGAGGGUCAGGUUUGGAAAACCAGCAUGGACACUUCUGUAUCAGAGCAGAACUUGCCGUUUAAUAAGUAUAUGAAGCGCCCUAGUGAAAGAGAUUUACCAAAAUUAGACAGUAGCAAGGAUAGAGGUAGUGAACCUCUUAAGCAUAGCAACAGUUCGGGUUUUAGCACAGAGAAUCCAAAAAAGAGACGAAAUGAUUCCACGUUAAGUAAUGGGUAUGAUGCAGGCAUAGAUUUGUGUGAAUCUGCGAGCAGUGAAGAUCUCCUGGAGCUGGUGGAGCUGCAACGCAAGCUGAUGACUAUCACUGACCCACAUGUCUUAAUGAAGGUUGUGCUGUUGAUUAAACAGGUGGGAAAGUUCAAAAUUGUGGAUUCCUCCUUUGACUUUGAUCUGUGUACGCUGGAUAGUUCUACUGUGCAAAAAAUUCAAGCCUACCUGAGUCAGUGUUAGUGUGAGAGUCACCAUGCAUUGAGUAGUAUUUGCAAGGGUCUCUUGAAAAAUGGGGCUAGAUGUAAGCAUGUAAGUAUUGUCCCAGAUAAGCCUGUGCAGUCUUAUCAGGGACAACUCUUUCCAUCUAAACGGGAUUUUUGUUAAGGAAAAGACCUCCGUUAAAGAAAACUUCUAUAAAAGCAGAAAGUGUCGUACCAGAUAAGCCUUUGUGCACAGCACAUGCUUAUCUUGGAUGACACUUUAUGCACAUGCAUUAAGCCAAAAUUUCCUUGAUCAGCUCAUUAUCCCCACGCUUUUUGAAAAGUGGGGAUAUUGUGGUUAUCUCCGCCGUCCGUCCAUCUGUCAGUCCUGGCCACUAUCUCCUCCUACACUAUAAGCACUAAAACCUUGAAACUUACACACAGGGUAGCUAUGAGCAUAUGAGCGACCCUGCACUAUUUGGAAUUUUGAUCUGACCCCUGGGUCAAAAGUUAUGGUGGUUGGGGUGGGGCCGGGUCAGAGAUUUUUACUCAUUUUUUUAGGUUAUUUUAAUAUAAUUUCUUCAUUUCUACACCAAUUGUCUUCAAAUUGAUACUGAACCUCUCUUAUGACAAUACGGUCAAUCUCAACUAUGCAUGGCCCCAUUACCAACCCUGGGGCGCCCCGCCCACAUAGGCCACGCCCACCCAAAAUUGCCUUUUACUAUAAUUUCUUCAUUUCUACGACGAUUUACUUCAAAUUGAUACUGAACCUCUUUAAUGACAAUACGGUCAAUCUCAGCUAUGCAUGGCCCCAUUACCAACCCUGGGGCGCCCCGCCCACAUAGGCAAAGCCCACCCAAAAUUGCCUUUUACUAUAAUUUCUUCAUUUCUACACCGAUUGACUUCAAAUUGAUACUGAACCUCUCUUAUGACAAUACGGUUAAUCUCAACUAUGCAUGGCCCCAUUACCAACCCUGGGGCGCCCCGCCCACAUAGGCCACGCCCACCCAAAAUUGCCCUUUACUAUAAUUUCUUCAUUUCUACACCGAUUCACUUCGAAUUGAUACUGAACCUCUCUUAUGACAACCCAUUACCAACCCUGGGGGGCUCCGCCCACAUAGGCCAUGCCCACCCAAAAUAUCCUUUUACUAUAAUUUCUUCAUUUCUACACCGAUUCACUUCAAAUUGAUACUGAACUUCUCUUAUGACAAUACGGUUAAUCUCAACUAUGCAUGGCCCCAUUACCAACCCUUGGGCGCCCCUGGGUCAAACAUGCGGCGUGGGGAUACGCGUCGGCCUUUGCCGCGCCAUUUCUAGUUUAAUUUGUUUUCAUUGUUUUUGAUUAACAACGAUUAACACAUAGUUCAAAUGCUUUAAACAAAAUUGCCAUUUUUAAAUUCAAGACCUAAAGUUGCAUGCAUACAAGAAUUAGAUGAGAUUUACAUAUAUAUUGAUUAUUAUGCAUUCUAUCAACUUUGUUAUUGUCUGUUUGAUACAGCUUUGUGAUUACAUAUAUUGACUUAAAGGGACUGUCAACAGCGAUUGACGAAAAAAGAAAAGUUCCGAAAUACCGUAUUUUUUUACAAUUAUUAGUUUAUUUUGAUUAAAAUAUCAUGACUGGUAUAUUACAUAACUUGAAAAAAGUUGUUAAGUUUUCAUAUUUUCAGUAUAUUCGGUAAUAAAUUUUACUGGGUAUGUCUACCAGGUAACUACCAGUUAACUAUAAAUAACGCAAGUAUAAGAUUGAUCAUCAUCGUCACGUGGUUAACCCAGGAAUGCUACUUGCGUUAUUUUUAGUGUGUAUAUCGUUAUGUCACCUAUUUUCACGAUGUUCUUUCGAUUUCACAUCGAAAAUUUUUAUUACCAAAUAUACUGAAAUUUGAACUUUUUUCAAGUAAUGUAAUAUACCAGUCGUGAUAUUUUAAUCAAUAUAAACUAAUAAUUGUACAAAAAUACGGUAUUUGAAAACUUUUCUUUUUUCGUCAAUCGCGGUUGACAGUCCCUUUAAACGUUUGAUAAACUCUCUUAAAGUAAGUAAGUUUUUAGUUUACAUUUCAAGCUAUUUUCUUCAUUGUGACACAAUUUAUCAUGUUUUUUAUGUUGUUAAAGUAAAUCAAAGGUUGAACAUUAAAUUAUGGUAUCUUUCAUGUACAUGUAUAUUGAUAUGUUCAGGAGGUAAUACCUUCAUUAUGUAUAUUUGAAAUAUUGUAAAGGUCAUGAAUGAAUGGUUGUGAAUGUUUCUUUUGGUUCAAAUCAUUAUUCCCAACCAAGACAAAUGCAUCUUUCAAUAAAAUACGCAUGUUAACUUCAAACCAGAACUUUAUGCAAGUUUAUUUUCCAUAUUUGUGUGUACUUUUAUGUUCCAUUAAUUUUGUAACACUUAAUAAGCCAUUAUAUUAACAAUAGCAAUCUUAAAAUGAAUAAGAGCCUAUCUAGUUAAUUAAAUAAAUUUAAGGUAGGACCUUUUUAUUGUAAAAUAUUUAUAUGUACUUAGAAAUCUAAAAAAAAACAUUUAUUAUGCAGCUAUUCCAAGAAUGAGGCUGUAUUGUGUUGUGCCUGUUGGUUAGUUAAUGGGCUUGUAGACCAAUUUGAUGUCUGCACAGUACACAAUAUAUCUAUGGAAUGCUUUUACCUACCUCAUUAUGAGGUGGUAUUCUGGAUGGUCAUAUCAAGAAUAUUCUGUUGGACUUAGUCGGAAGGCCAUGUUUUUGGUAAACCCAAAUUGACUGUUUUUUAUUAAGAUCAAUAUAACUUACUAAAAAGCGUUGAUACUUCUAUUCACGUUCAGCCCACUCGCAACAGCUGAUCUCAUUUUGAUCUUCCCCUACUUAAUCGAAUGGGCCAAUAAAUCGAUACUCAUAACUUCCAACAUAGCCUUCUGUGAUUAAUGAAAGCAUGAUCUGGUAUUCUAAGUGAACAUGUUUAGAGAUCUGAGUUUACAAAUUAAAAUGUUAUUGUCUUCCUAUCUCUAUACAGCAGUUGUGUUUUGUUGAAUGCAUCAAGUGCUUGUUUUGUUUUGUUUAUGGUGCAGAAUGAGGAGUCUUUACUCCAGUCUCUGUAUUUGCAACUUAAUGAUAAUAAAAAAUGCAACAUCGCACCCUGAUAA